AUGGAUUCAGAAUCAGAUACUAUAAUUUUAAAGCCAAGAAACGAUACUUCAAAUGAUGAAGGUAUUGUUUUUAGCUCAAAACUAGCAGAAUUCUCAAAGUUAGUAGAAGGUUUAGACCAUAGCGAAGUAGCUACAGUAGAUAUCUCUAGAGAUAUUUUACUAAUUAUUAAAAGAUUUUUGGAAGAUCACAACUAUGAUAAAAAUUUGAUUAAAAUUGAAAAGCCUUUAACUGGCAAUGAUCCUAAAAAUCAUUUAGACGAAAAGACCUACUUAUUACUCAAAGAAUACAAAGGUACUUAAAAUGUAGAUAGAAUAAAACCUUUGUUAGAUGCUGCAUAUUACUUGAAUUUUGAGUUAUUUAAAGAUGCCUGUUUAUGUAUAAUUGCUUGCGAUUUUUAUGUUGGUGCCACAGAAACUGAAUUAGAUUAAUUUAUUGAGAAAAAUGGACUUAAAGAACUUACACCUGAAGAAGAGUUAGAAAUUAUGAAAGAAUUUGCCCCUGUUUUCGAAAAGCUUAAUGAGAAAUUUAAAAAGUAGCUCGAUGAAGAAUAGCUUAAAUACAACAAUGACAACGUUUGA